AUGGCGCUCGAUACCUUCUUCCACAACAAGAUCGAGUCUAUGAAGUUGGAGAUAAUACAAGGACAAGCCAAACUACGACGACUGGAAGCCCAGCGAAAUGACUACAACUCGAGAGUGCGUCUGCUGCGAGAGGAGCUUGGCCUAUUGCAACAGCCCGGAUCCUACGUUGGCGAAGUAGUAAAGGUCAUGGGCACGAAAAAGGUGUUGGUCAAGGUGCAUCCCGAGGGGAAAUACGUCGUCGACGUCGCCGACGGUGUCGAUCUCAGCAAACUCACCGCUGGAAAGCGCGUCACAUUGCUUAGUGAUUCCUACAAGCUCGAGAAACUCCUACCAUCCUCGGUCGAUCCGCUUGUCUCACUCAUGAUGGUCGAGAAGGUGCCCGACAGCACAUAUGACAUGAUUGGUGGGCUGGACCAGCAGAUCAAGGAAAUCAAGGAAGUCAUUGAGCUCGGUCUACAGCACCCCGAACUCUUCGAAUCGCUUGGGAUAGCACAGCCCAAGGGUGUAUUGUUGUAUGGACCUCCAGGAACGGGCAAGACGCUCUUGGCGCGUGCUGUGGCUCACCACGCCGACUGUAAAUUCAUCCGUGUAUCAGGAAGCGAGUUGGUUCAAAAGUACAUUGGGGAGGGUAGUCGGAUGGUCCGUGAGCUCUUCAUCAUGGCGCGAGAACACGCACCCAGCAUCAUCUUCAUGGAUGAGAUUGACAGUAUCGGAUCAAGUCGUGUGGAAGGAAGCUCGGGUGGUGACUCCGAGGUUCAGCGAACUAUGUUGGAGCUGCUGAACCAGUUGGACGGUUUUGAGCCCACCAAGAAUAUUAAAAUCAUCAUGGCCACGAAUCGUCUUGACAUCCUCGACCCUGCGCUGCUGCGACCUGGACGUAUCGACCGAAAGAUUGAAUUUCCACCGCCAACGGUUGAGGCGCGUGCCGACAUUCUGCGCAUUCACUCAAGAAGUAUGAACUUGACUCGUGGUAUCAACCUUGUCAAAAUUGCGGAAAAGAUGAACGGAUGCUCAGGUGCUGAGUUGAAGGGUGUCUGUACAGAGGCUGGUAUGUUUGCGCUCAGGGAAAGAAGAGUACAUGUCACGCAAGAGGACUUCGACCUUGCAACGGCCAAGGUGCUGAACAAGCACGACGACAAGGCUACCAGUUUGAGCAAGCUGUGGAAGUAG